CUAAAUCAAUAUCUAAAAGAUGUUGAGAUUUAACUUUCUAGUGGAAAAAUUUAAACAUUUUUAUAGUUUUCUAUACCUAGGUUUUGUCUAUCUAAUUACAUCCAUAUAUUGGAUAUCCUCAAGAAUCCAUGAUUUUAUUAUCUCUCAUGUUACCCAUUUUUUUAUUGAGGUAAGUUACUUCAUUAUUGCAUCAAGUUUUGGGUUCUUGGUUUUAAAAAGUCUUACCUCCAAAACAACCAACCCUAACGCGACAGAAGAUCUAGAUUUGGUCUUCACCUCAGUAUCAGCCAUAACGGUUUCUAGUAUGUCUACAAUGGAAAUGGAGGUAUUUACGAAUUCACAACUAAUUGUUAUUACGAUUUUAAUGUUCAUAGGAGGUGAAGUAUUUACCUCCAUGGUUGGUCUCCAUUUUUCGGCCUCCAAACUCAAAUAUACACCCUCUCAUGUAAGAAGUAGAGUCAAUUCGGUGGCUAGCCUUCCACUCCCACCCGAAAGCUUUGAGUUAGGAGUCAUUGUACAACCAUCAUUACCUCAAGAAACUUCAACCAUGGAGAAAACAAAAUCAGAAAUAGAUUUUCUCAUAAAAUCCAAGUCAGUUAGGGUUCUAGGUUUCAUAGUUUUAGCUUAUUUACUCUUAGUUCAUGUCCUAGGAAUUUCUAUGGUACUUAUUUACGUCAAUGUUAUUUCAAGUGCCAAAAAUGUUCUUGAGAAAAAAGACCUUAAAAAAUUUACCUUUUCAAUUUUUACUAUAGUCUCAACUUUUGCAAGUUGUGGAUUCAUUCCUACAAAUGAAAACAUGCAAGUUUUUAGCCAAAAUUCCGGUCUUUUAUUGAUACUAAUCCCUCAAAUUCUCCUUGGAAACACUCUAUUCCCAUCUUUUCUUCGAUUUUUGAUUUGGGUUUUAAGCAAGAUUGGUAAAAAAGACGAGGCCAAGUAUUUGAUGAGAAAUUCAAAAGAUAUCGGAUUCCAUCACUUGCUUCCUAGCAAGCACUGUAAACUUUUAGUAGUAACAGUUUUGGGAUUUAUAUGCGUGCAAUUUAUAUUAUUUUGUGCUAUGGAAUGGGGUUUUGAUGGAUUAAAUGGCCUUAAUAUUUAUCAAAAAUUAGUGGGGAUUUUAUUCGUGUGUAUAAAUUCAAGGCAUACAGGUGAAAGCAUUGUUGAUCUAUCGAAAAUUGCCCCAGCAAUUCUGGUGUUGUUCGUCGUUAUGAUGUAUCUUCCCCCUUAUACUUCAUUUCUGCCAAAGAAAGAUGAGGAAGGAAAAUUUGCCCAAAUACUAUGUAAAGAAGAAAAGAAGAAUAGAAAGAUUUUGAAGAAUAUUAUAUUCUCUCAACUCAGCUACCUUGCCUUAUUCAUCAUCAUCAUUUGUAUUACCGAGAGGCAAAAGAUGAUUGAUGAUCCACUCAAUUUCAACGUUUUCAACAUCACAUUUGAAGUUAUUAGUGCGUAUGGCAAUGUUGGGUUCUCAACAGGGUACAGCUGUAGUAAGCAAUUGAAAGCUGAUCCAAAUUGUGUAAACAAAACGUAUGGAUUUGCUGGGAGUUUUAGUGAUCAAGGGAAAUUGAUUCUAAUUAUUGUCAUGUUUUUUGGAAGACUCAAGAAAUUUAGCUUGAAAGGAGGCAAAGCAUGGAAGCUUCUCUAACCCUAUCGAAAAAUUCUUAAUUCCUCCCGAUAUAUUACUACUUACUCAUAAAAGAGAUAUUCCGUAACACUUUAGAAUCAAUCUAUGUGAGUAUGGAGUACAAUAUCGGGUGGAGUUGCGAAUUUUUUUUAUAAGUCAAAAAAAAAAAAAAAAAAAAAAAAACCUUGGUGUAUGAUAUAAGUUUGAACCUAUUAAUGUUCUCUAUAAGAUAAACUGAAGCCUUAGCGCGCAAAGGCACGUGCACAAAAUAAAGUCCCGGAGAAGGCGAAUGUUAAAUUCUCGAAAAGUCCAAGUACCCUUUUAUUCAGCCUAAAGCUGGUGUGUUAUGAUUUCCUAGUCUUAAGCAUUGAGAUACUGAAGGGAGAAUGUGAGGGUUGUAAGAGUCUGUUGCAUUUUGGCACUACCAUGUUGUACUAUACAAGCAAUCAAUUAAGUUGUACAGUUUUCA